UUUUUCCACUUUUCUCACUCUCUUCCUUUUUUUUAAAAGAUGAAAGCAGCAAAUAUACCCAUUAUUAUAACCAAUCAUGACACAAUAGUGCAAAGUGCACCCAAGAUUCCUAUAACCAGGUUAAUGCAGGGACCCUUCAAAAAAGACGAGGUGCUCAAAGAGGGACUCGUACUUUGUACGCGAACAGAGCAAUGGUACGCUAAACGACAUAAUGGAGUGAAGGAGAUUGAACUUCGAAAGACUCGGAUGAGAUGGAGAAGGUUUUAUGCAGUGUUACGACCGGAUCGAUUGGAAUUAUAUCAUGCAGCAACUUCAAUAAGGAGGCUAGCACACAUCAUCUAUCUCCUGGCAGAUCCUCCUCUUCGUCCCGUCCGUCUCUCGCUCGUUUCCCCAUGGGACUACAUUUGGCGGCUAGAGUACAAGUGUAAACAUCUGGUUGCGUAUCACUUUCAGUGCUGUCAACCAUCUGAGGCAAAAGAGUGGUACAUGUUUAUUUAUCACCGCAUUUCCAAUCAUCAACCACAUACAACUUGCAAAAAGCCAAUCCCGUUAUAUAUUGAUGUCAACGUGGAGUUGGAUGAGAAGCAGCCAUCAGAUGUGCUCAUACGGAUUCCACUAGACUAUUUUAGAGAGGCAAUGUAUAAGCAGCACUAUGUAGAACAAAAUAUGUGUUUGAGAGAUGUAAAAUCGACAUUGAUAAAUCUUUUGUAUUUUGAUAAAGUGAUACCUUGCAAGGAUUCGGUAUCAAAAGAAUGGAAACUGUUUUGGACUAUUGGAAACUAUGUGGAAGAAGUAGAUGAAGCGGAUCAUUUGAUUGGAUGUCAAUUGAUUGAACAAGUAAGUGUAUGAUGCAAACCUAUACAUAUAAAGAACGAUAAUCAUUCAACCUUUUUUAAUACUCAGAGUCACCGAUUAGAGUUAAGGUUGCAACAAAAGUAUAUAAAAAAGGUAAGCACAUAAGAUGAUCUUUGUCAUUAAACUUAUCGUUG